AUGGUUGAGUUCACAGUGUUCAAGGGCAGCAAGGCCGGCAUCGUCAAGGCCACCUCCCAACGCGAGGUUGGCCCGCACGACGUUCUAGUCAAAAUUACGCACAGUGGCCUUUGUGGCACGGAUCUGCAUCAUAAGGAAUUGGACAUGGGUCUCGGCCACGAGGGCACGGGCAUCGUGGAGGAUGUCGGCAAGGACGUGACGAUAUUCAAGAAAGGUGACCGGGCUGGCUGGGGCUACAUCCACAACAGCUGUGGGCACUGCAAGGAGUGCCUUCGGGGCGCCGAGACCUUCUGCUCGGAGCGGCAGUAUUACGGAGCGGCCAACUUGGAUCAGGGAUCCCUGGGCUCGCACGCCGUGUGGAAUGAGAACUUCUUGUUCAAGAUCCCCGAAGAGAUCGCCUUGGAAGACGCUGCUCCCUUGAUGUGCGGUGGUGCGACGGUCUUUAACGCCCUUCAAUUCCACGGGGUCAAGAGCACCGACCGUGUCGGAGUCAUCGGCGUAGGUGGUCUGGGACAUCUAGCCAUCCAAUUUGCUGCCGCCAUGGGCUGCGAGGUUGCCGUCUUCUCCGGCACCGAAAGCAAGAAGGAGGAAGCCCUGAAACUCGGGGCCAAAGAGUUCUACGCGACCAAAGGACUCAAGCAGUUGAAGGUGUCCAAACCUAUCGACCACCUGCUCGUCACGACCGCCUCCCAACCGGACUGGAACAUGUACCUCCCCAUCAUGGCACCUUCGGGCACCAUCUAUCCUCUCACAGUCAGCUUCGAGGACCUGAAGAUGCCGUACAUGGACAUCAUCAUGGGCGGUCUGAAGAUCCAGGGCAGUCUCGUGGCCGCCCGGAGAAUCCAUCGCGAAAUGCUCGACUUUGCGGCCAGCCAUGGCGUGAAGCCGAUCAUUCAGACCUUCCCCCUGACCGAGAGCGGCGUCGACGAAGCGUUCCGGACCCUUGAAGAGGGCAAGAUGCGGUACAGAGGCGUGCUUGUCGCUUAG